AUGGGGCAAGUGGCACGCGUGGUGCAGGUGCAGAGCAGUGCAGGGGCUCUUAGUAUCGAGCUUUAUAACAACUUUUGCGCCGACUCGUUCUGGCAACUGGCGAGGAGUGACCAACUGCGCCGGUUAACGUUCCGCAAGCUGUUGGGCGGUUUUGCGCUGCUUGGUGAGGUGGAGGCGGUGCAGGGCCAUUCAACAACAGCAAGCGAAGUAGAUGCCGCUGCGCAAAGUCCAGAUGAUGUCCCACUACUGCACGUCGGUGCAGGACUGCUGAGUUGCAGACCAACCGUUGGUGCAGUGACAGCCAGUCGCCUUCUCAUUACUCUUUCUCCACAGCCGCAGCUCGACAAGACGCACGUCGUCUUCGGUCGCGUCUACUCGGGCAUUCACACUUUGGAGCAGAUAUCUCACAUGCAGGUGGACGCUGACUUUGUCUUGUACUCGCCUGUAACGGUCAUGAAGUGCAGCACAGCGCUGCUUUCGAGAGGCACCGCACCGCAAAGCGCUACGGCCAGAGCGGCACCGGCGUCGUGUGUAGUCACGUCGCAAUAUCCUUCGAGCAUUUUGGCAACGCUGGAGUAG